ACCUAGCACUCUCAAUCAAAGUUUUCUCUAUGCAAACAAUUCCAACUUUCACGUCAAAUCACACAUAUCUCCUUAUAAUAUAUAUCUACUCAUCAUGCGGACUGCUCCAAAUAUCAUAAUCACUGGUACUCCUGGUGUGGGCAAGACAAUCCACAGUGAACAAGUUGCCCAGGACACUGGUUUGCAGCAUUUGUCGAUAAAUGACAUUGCCAAGCAGCGCGAUUGCUACGAUGGUUAUGAUGAGGAGCGGCAAAGUUGGAUAAUUGACGAAGAUAAGCUACUAGAUGCUAUUGAAGACGAUGUGACCAAGGGUGGAUAUAUAAUCGAUUGGCAUGCGUGUGAUCUAUUUCCCAAAUCCUGGAUAGAUUUGGUGGUUGUUUUGCGUUGUCCUUCUACGGCUGUUUAUUACGAUCGAUUAUCCUCGAGAGGAUAUCCCGAAUCAAAGGUGGACGAAAACAUGGACGCUGAAAUUUUCGGAUUACUACUCGAAGAAGCGAAAGAGGCCUAUGACGAGGAAAUUGUCAUUGAAUUAACGAGCGAGAACAGCGAUGAGAUUGAGAGCAAUUGUGCUAGGAUAUCUGCUUGGGUAGAAGCAUGGAAGAAAUCUCAUUCGGAAGAAGCUACGGACGCCUGAAGAACAUGCAGGGCCUUUGUCGUAGGAUAUGAGAGGCGAUACUCCAUCUUUUCACGCCUCAUUUUCAAUCAGCCAUGCCUUCAACUUCAUGAGGGCUUUAUAACGGUGGGAGAUCUUGUUCUGAGCGAUGAUAUCAACAAGGCUACUCUUGUCUUCGAAUUAUCGCCUGCCUCACUCACCUUUUCUUCCUUGUCCAUCUCCGCAUAGGUCUUGCCUUCGUACUCGAAUAUGGGAUCCCAGCCUAUGUAUGAACAGAAAUCAGCCGGCCCUAUCACCAAGACAAUCGUGUAUGCAGAGCAGAUGAAAGGUUAAGUAUCAUCAUGAAUGAGUGUCAGACAUACCAAAGUUUGGCGGUCCUCGAGCCGGUACAAUUUUGCCCUACACCAGAAUCCUCAAUGUCAGGAACCCAAAUCAGUCUGAAAUGAAGCCGUAUACGCAGGAGAGACAUACCAAGGUCCUUCCUUGGAAGAUAAGGGGUUCUUCACCAGGUCCAUUCGAGAAUGCAAAUGUACAUACCGCCUCGGCGGAACGGUCGUCAAAAGAGUCGAGCAUUUUGUUAAGACCUUCAUGCCCUAAAGCUUCGAGAAAUGAUUUACUGUGUGCAUCGAGUUGGCCAUUUGUUAGUGGAUUUUCUUCUCAAUCUGUCGUAAGAUGGGGGAGUAAGCUGUGGUGGUGACAUACAUGUAUGGG